AUGGGGAUGACUGCUGACCUGAAAGUUGUCCAAAAGAUGACCUUUGACACCGUGCACAAGAGGGAAAGUCUUGAUAACAUCCAUGAGUUGACACGACUUCAGAACCAGGAACUGAUGGUCGACAUGGAGGACUUUGAAGGAAACAAAAAGUUUGCCCUUUAUUCUUCAUUUAGAGUUGAUUCUGAGUUUGACGGUUACAUGCUGCAUGUGAGUGGUUUCAACAACAAAGGGGGCGCUGUCUGUGCAGGUCUUGAUAACAUCCAUGAGUUGACACGACUUCAGGACCAUGAACUGAUGGUCGACAUGGAGGACUUUGAAGGAAACAAAAAGUUUGCCCUUUACUCCUCAUUUAAAGUUGAUGCUGAGUGUGACGGUUACAUGCUGCAUGUGAGUGGUUUCAACAACAAAGGGGGCGCUGGAGACAGCCUUGCCUCUCACAACAGAGAGAAAUUUACAACCUUUGACAAAGACCAGGACAAGUGGAGCGGCAACUGUGCCAAAACAUAUCUGGGUGCUUUCUGGUACAAUACUUGUCACCAUACAAACCCUAAUGGGGUUUAUCGCUGGGGGGCUGACAAGACUCUCUUUGCUGUUGGAGUGGAAUGGUAUAACUGGAAGGGAUAUGAUUACUCCCUGAAGAGCUUCAGCAUGAAGAUUCGUCCUGCCAAGUAAAUCUGCAGGUCAAACAUCCAGCAAAAAAUGAUGAGUUGCUUUUUCUUGUAAUCAAUCAUCAACUUUUGGCUUCAAACACGAGUCAAAAAUUGAUAUUAUUACAUCUAAAUAUAAUCCAGUUGAUUGUGCUUUAAAUCUUUGGUGAUAUUUUGCUACUGUAGUCAGUUUCUCUCCUGCUCUGUGAUAAUAAAUAAGAAGCAAGCAGCAA